UGCGCUCUACAUUUUCUGCUGUCGCCUUAGUAACCAGAGCUGGCUUCCACUGCAGUUUUCCCUUCUUACAGGCCGGGGAGGGAAUCCACAACGCAGUAUGUUGUCCGUCUUGGACGCCCUGUGGGAGGACCGGGAUGUCCGCUUUGACAUAUCGCCCCAACAAAUGAAGAUGAGACCAGGAGAAGUUCUCAUAGACUGCUUGGAUUCUAUUGAAGAUACCAAGGGGAACAAUGGGGACAGAGGGAGGCUUUUAGUAACCAAUCUGAGAAUCCUUUGGCAUUCCAUAGCAUUGCCCAGAGUUAACCUAGCUGUUGGUUACAAUUGCAUAAUAAACAUUACCACGAGAACAGCCAACUCAAAAUUGCGGGGCCAGACGGAAGCACUCUACAUACUGACUAAAUGCAACAACACUCGCUUUGAGUUCAUAUUUACUAAUGUGGUACCGGGAAGUCCACGAUUGUUCACUUCAGUUAUUGCUGUACACAGAGCCUAUGAAACAUCUAAGAUGUAUCGAGAUCUCAAGCUAAGAGGCGCACUCAUCCAGAAUAAGCAACUGAGACUACUUCCCCGGGAACAGGUUUAUGACAAAAUCAACGGAGUGUGGAACUUAUCCAGUGACCAGGGCAACUUAGGAACGUUCUUUAUAACUAAUGUCAGAAUAGUUUGGCAUGCCAAUAUGAACGACAGUUUUAAUGUCAGCAUCCCUUACCUUCAAAUACGAUCCAUAAAGAUAAGAGACUCUAAGUUUGGCUUGGCUCUUGUGAUUGAAAGCUCCCAGCAGAGCGGCGGAUAUGUGCUCGGCUUUAAAAUUGACCCAGUAGAGAAGCUUCAGGAUUCUGUAAAGGAGAUCAAUUCACUGCACAGAGUCUACUCUGCAAGCCCCAUAUUUGGGGUAGAGUAUGAGAUGGAAGAAAAGCCCCAGGCCCUGGAGGAACUAACCGUUGAACAGGUUCAGGAUGAUGUGGAGAUAGAAGCUGAUGAGCACACAGACGCUUUUGUGGCCUAUUUUGCUGAUGGAAGCAAGCAACAAGAUCGUGAGCCAGUCUUUUCUGAAGAACUUGGCCUUGCCAUCGAGAAGCUAAAGGAUGGUUUCACUCUUCAAGGACUUUGGGACGUCAUGGCUUAAUUUUUUCUUUAAGAUCUUGUAAAAAAAAUAUAUAUAUUGAGAAAUCAUAAGAGGAUACCAGUUUUGUAUUUUGAGUUGUUAGAAAUGUUGUAAGAUUCUUUUUUAUUUUAAAACCCUAGCAGGCUAUACUGGUAUAUAUUCAUACAAAACUAUGACAAGCCCUUUGGGCAUGUUCACAUGGACAAAAUCAGCAUUUUUGAAGUGAAAACCUUUUCUCUCCAUUACUUCUUAGGAAUACUCUGUAAAAAAAAAUUGCGUGGUUUUGUGUUUUUUUUUGUCCUGGAAAAAUGGCGACUUGUCACUUUUUUGGUGAGAUUUUGUCUGUAAGCAGCUAAAAAAAAAAGUUUGUGUGCAUGGUGGCGUUGUUUUUGGUGCGAUACAGCACCAAAAACUGUGCCAAGAAAGGCUGUAAAGAAAAAAAUGGGGGAGAUUUAUCAAUACCUAGGAAGUUAUCGAUCUAAACCAAUUGCGAUAUCAUGGCCACGCCCCCUCAAAGCAAGUCUAUGGGAGGGGGCGUGAUGGCCGUCAUGCCCCCUCCCGUAGACUUGCAUUGAGGGGGCUUGGCUGUGAUGUAAUGAGGGGUGUGACCGAUCCCCGGAGCGUGAAAACAGGGUUCGGAACGUUUACUUCCGAAUGUUGGCCAGUGGAGUAUCCCUUUUUAUAGUCUACCAGAUCUACCAAUCUAUAUAUCUAUUCUCAUAUUAGAUAACCAGUAUUUGGGAAUCCAAACAGUAGUAAAAUUCUAUUUAUGUAUUUAUUAAACAUUUAAAAAAAAGUUUAUUAAAGGUUUAUUUAUUACAUGUUUUCCCAUGAGUUUUGGAAACACUGUUAAGCAAAAAUGACUACAAAUAUGGUCAAAAAACU